AUGAGGGUAUGUAUGUGGUUGCUUUGUCUACAUUUGACUCUUGCAAACUCAAGUUUAGAAGACAACCUAAAGGAGCUAGACUUUAGAGCAAAACGGCAAAUUAAUACAUUACCUUUAAUCUACCCAUAUGGAGCAACUUAUAAGCUCAUCACCGGCUUCACAGCACCAAUAAAGAACGACGACAAAGUGCCGGUGAACUUUCUCUUCAACUUCCAGUACCAGUACUUGCAGUUCACGAACAUCACGCAGCUAUCGCAGUACUACGCCAUCAACACAGUGUCGAGAGAGCAGCGAGAUGCUGAUGUGGCGGGGAGGAAGGAUGAGAGAAUUGUGUUUUAUAGAUCUGUGGCUGAGAUGAUGGACUCGAAAGGUCUGAACGGCCGAGAAUGCGUGCUGCGUGCGAUCUGCGAAGCGGCGCAGUUCCCAGUAGAGGAAGAGGGCUUCGUUGGGGAGAUCCUACACGUAUUACUAACGCCAGACUACGGUAAAUCUCCUUUCGGAGAUCUGAAUGAAGACCUGAAGGAAGCCAUGGCGCCGUACGUGGACGCAGCAGUGGCCGGACGGCAGAUGUUCAGCUGUUCCUACAUCUAUGGCGGCUGUCCUGAGGGUCAGGGGAUCUUGGAGUUCAUCUCACAGUUGAGAGACGAGUAGAACCAUGAUUUGAAAAAGAAGAAGGCUGUUCCGAUUCGGGCGUCUUAAAGCAUUACAGCUCAUGAGAGAGAAUAGAUUUUAUAAUCAAUAAUGAAAUAUUGUCAGGACCAUGAGAAUAGGAGGAGCGGUCAUCAGAUUUUAAAAUAUACUUCGAUCAGUCCGUACUUGACAGUAAUAAGUCCUUACCAAUCCUCUCGGACGGUGGAUCUAUAGUCGAAUGUGGGGUCCCUUUG